CUCAGAUGGAAUCAGAAUUAUCCGAGAAAAUGGCUGAUAGGAAAGCUGAAGUGAAUUCAAUUUUAAUAAAUCAUGAAUUUGAAGUGUUGGACAAAUUCCAGAAAAGAGUUUUAGUGUUUCUUCUUGUGAUGGGUUUCAUCACCCUAGUCAUAACACUUGCUAUGACGUUCAUAUCUAGAACAGAAUAUCUGAUAGUGACUGCCGUCUCUUAUGUCGUCCUGGCUGUUGUUGAUAUCGUCGUAGUGUAUGUACUGGUGGUAUCUGAUGGAAUAAGAAAACGAUUCCCCUUGAAUUUGAUGUUGACAAUGUUACAUUCUGCUUGCCUGACUGUACUCAGCGAAGUCGCAUUCAUUGGAAGAGAGAUCGUUUGGGUGCUUUUCGUAUUGGUGCUAGCUUUAGUGCUCUACAUUACAUGUGUAUCAAUGGGUGCAAAGUUGAGAAGAGAACUACAUGUAGGUACUAUCAGAAUGCUGAUUGGCUAUAUCGUCUUCUCAGUUGCAAUCGCCGUUGCUACAGUUGUAGUUUUCACUUUGACUAAGUAUUAUGAAGAAUCACCAAAGAUUCUCGCAGCUGGUAUAACUGUUCUAGUAAUCCCUUAGAGAGUUGGCGAAGGCAACUGUUGGUAAAAUUCUACACUAUGUUGGAAAUGCUUUUGCUGACAAAAAUGUCUCCGAAACACGUAGAAGCACUGAUUUUACACAGCUACUGAAGAUCCGGAUCCUUUUUACUUAUGUUCAAUACACGUGUAAUGAUUUCCAGUCACCAGGCUCAAUGAAAUAUUAUUUCAUUGAAUACUUCGAAAAAUUACUAUUACGCAGUUAUUUUCUAUGAAUUCACAGUGCAUAAUUCCUGUCUUCUACUUUAUUAUUUAUUAGUUCGCCUUAUACGUUGGUCAGAUAACAAUUGGCCAACUGGAGUUCAGAGUAUUUGAUCCAGAUUACUGUACAGCUGCUAUGAAUUUACAUGCCACUUUCAUCAUAUUUCUGAUUGCACUCGGCAUUGGAUUUAUACGUCCGAGGAGAAUACCAAUGAUGUUAAACUUACUCGAAUCGAAUUUGUGAUUUUCGCGGUAUUUCAGCAUUUCAAUGGGAAAAUGUGCAUUUUUAUAACUAAUUGUCUCCAAACACCUUUAUAUACUGUUAUGUUAAUAAUUUGUAAUCGAAAUGAAUAAAGGAAACUUUCGAAUACAGGUGAAUACUCCUAAAA